GAAUUCAAUUCCCAUUCGAAGUCACUGCGAGAGCCAAAUUUUUGCAUUGCAGGGCUCCAUAAAUAAUAGAAUAAAACAAUUAAUUUGUGAUAAAUAUUAAGGAUUAGCGUAAGCUUUAAUUGGCAAAAUGGCUUCGCUUAUAUUAAUGAGGAAUGUGCAAAUGGCAAAGCAACAAACCAAUGGCGCCUUGGGUGUAUUGUGCUUGCGUACGGCCAAUUAUUCUUCCGACAGUCCACGUCCCCUGAAGACCACCAAUUUGAGUGCCAUGAAACGCGGUACCGGUGGCCGCAGUAGUUUCAAUGGUAUUGUUGCUACCGUUUUCGGUUGCACUGGCUUCUUGGGUCGUUAUGUUUGCAAUAAGUUGGGCAAGUCCGGCACCCAAAUGAUUUUGCCCUAUCGUGGUGAAGAUUCCGAAGCUAUUCGCUUGAAGGUGUGCGGUGAUUUGGGCCAGGUUUUAUUCCAAUUCUAUCAUUUGUGCGAUGAGGAAGCCAUUCGUAAGGCUGUCAAAUAUUCGAAUGUUGUCAUCAAUUUGGUGGGACGUGAAUAUGAGACUAAGAAUUUCAAAUUCAAUGAUGUUCAUGUUGAGGGUGCUCGUCGCAUUGCACGCAUCUGUCGCGAAAUGGGUGUCGAACGUUUGAUUCACGUUUCCGCCUUGAAUGCUGAUCCCCAUCCCAAGAGUCACAUCAUUGAUGGCGGCAGCAAUUUCUUGCGCAGCAAAUACUGGGGCGAACAAGCCGUACGCGAAGAAUUCCCCGAAGCCACCAUUAUUCGUCCUUCGGAUAUUUAUGGUUCUGAAGAUCGUUUCUUGCGUUAUUAUGCCCACAUCUGGCGUCGUCAAUUCCGUUCGAUGCCUUUGUGGUACAAAGGUGAACGUACCGUUAAACAACCCGUAUUCGUUUCCGAUGUAGCUCAGGGUAUUAUUAACUGUGCCAAGGAUCCCGAUACCGCUGGCAAGGUUUAUCAAGCUGUGGGUCCCAAACGUUACCAAUUGAGCGAAUUGGUUGAUUGGUUCCAUCGUCUUAUGCGCAAGGAUGAGAAAUGGUGGGGCUAUCAACGUUACGAUAUGCGUUUCGAUCCCACUUUCGUUUUGAAAACCAAAAUGACCGAAAUGAUUUGCCCCGGUCAACCUGUGGGUGGUUUACAUUUAGAACGUUUAGAAUUGGAAUGCGUCACCGAUAAGGUACUCAACAAUGUACCCACCUUAGAAGAUUUGGGUGUACAAUUGACCCCUAUGGAAAAUCAAGUACCAUGGGAAUUGCGUCCUUAUCGUGCUGCUUUGUAUUAUGAUGCCGAUUUGAAUGAAUUCGAAAUACCAGCACCACCACAAACCAUUGCACCACGUGAUGAACAACGCUUGUUCGCAUAAAGAAGUCCUACACACCACCAUUACAUAAGGUCCACUGCCGAGGGCCAGGAUACUACACACCAUUAUGUUGAUAUGAGGAAAAAAAGUGGUUCGGUACGUUGGUGGUGGCCGGUUCGUCGUAUGAAAGAAAAACGUUUACGUCUGCGUGAACUAUUAUUUAUUGUUUUGGUGGUGCGUUCAUUGUGGUAUGGUGUGUUUAGUGAAGAAUAUUUAAAUGAAAUUGAUAAUUUUUUAAACAAUAGCGAAGAUUUGUCUUGAAAACUCAAAACAAAACUAAAUCCCAAAAUUAUAAUUUAAUUACAAAAAAAAAACGGUACUGCUGUCUUUAUCUAACUAAAUUUAAAUAAAACAACUGAGUGUAACACUCAUUAAUAUAUAA